AUGAGAAUUGUAAUUUUACUUUUAUGUUUAUUACUUGGAUCAUUAUCAUUGACAAAUGCAGGUUUUUUAAGAAAUCACGAUUCAACAUUAAAUAAAGGUUUGAGAGCAAGAGGUGCUCCAUCAUCAUCACCAUUAAGUGAUAGACGUCCUUUACCAACUGAUCCACCAGCUCAAUGGUUCAAUAAUCAAGUCGAUCAUUAUAAUCCAUUAAAUACCGAAACUUUUAAACAAAGAUAUUAUGUUAAUGAUACAUAUUGGACACCAGGCGGUCCAGUAUUUUUAGUUCUUGGUGGAGAGGGUCCAAUUAGUCCAUCAUACGUUACUGGUCAUUUUGUUGUUAACUAUUAUGCUCCAAUGUUUGAUGCAUUAAUUGUUGCAGUUGAACAUAGAUUUUAUGGUGCAUCAACACCAAAAGGUAACUUAGCAACCGAAAAUUUAAAAUAUUUAAGUACUCAACAAGCAUUGGCCGAUUAUGCAAAUUUUGUACAAUUCUUUAAACAAAAAUAUAAUACAGGAGAUAGUAAAUGGGUUUCAUUUGGUGGUUCAUAUUCAGGCAAUUUAAGUGCAUGGUUAAGAUUAAAGUAUCCAAAUUUAAUUGAUGCAGCUAUUGCAACAUCAGCACCAGUUAAACCAGUUGUAGAUUUCCCAGAAUAUUUCGAAGUAGUUUCAAAUUCUAUUGGUCCAUCAUGCAGCGCAUUCGUUGCUAAUAUCACUAAAACCGUUACUGAUAUGAUUAACAAUGGCCAAAAUGAUCAAGUUGCCAAGCUUUUCAAUGCAUGCGAUCCAAUUGUCAGUGAUUUGGAUAUUGCCACUUUUAUGGAAUCACUCUCUGGUGGCAUUUCAGAAAUCGUUCAGUACAAUCUCGAUAAUAAUGCAUACACUUUUACAAAUAUCACUGCUAUGUGCGAAGAAUUUGAACAAGGUAGCGAUCCAAUGCAAACUUUUAUCGAUUUCAAUAAUCGUUACAACACUUUUUCAGGCUCACCAUGCACUCUUAGUUCAUACGAAAAAUCUGUUAUUUAUCAACAAAAUAUUGAUCCAGCUAAUGUAAAUGCUUCAUCAAGAAGCUGGAACUGGCAAUGUUGCACCGAAUAUGGUUACUAUCAAACUGGUGAAUCUCCAAGCCAACCAUUUUCCUCCACCAUCACAUUAGAUUAUUUUAUUAAUAUGUGCACUGAUGUUUUUGGUCCAGAAGGUUUUGUUUAUAAACCACAAGUAGACUAUAUUAUCACCGACUAUGGUUCAACCAACAUCCAAUCAUCAAAUAUCGUUAUGGCCUCUGGCACUAUCGAUCCAUGGAGUUUCCUCGGUGUUCACCAAACUCCUCUAAAAUCAUCUGUUCAACCCAUUUUAAUCCAAGGUGGUGCUCAUUGCUCCGAACUCUAUAUGCCAAAAGAACACGAUUUACCAGAUGUUGUUACCGCUCGUUUAGUUGAAAUCCAAUUAAUUAAAGACAUUUUAUAA